AGGAGAGAGGAAGAGGAGAGGAAAGAGAGAGAGAGAGAGAGUCAAGUCAAAUCAACAAAACAGAACAAGACAAGGAAGGAAGCAAACUCCACCCCAGUCAAGACAGACUCGCUCCCGAAGCCGAGCCUCAAAAGCCGGGCCUCAGAGGCCGAGCCUCAAAAGCCGGGCCUCAAAGGCCGAGCCUCAAGAGCCGAGCCUCAGAAGCCGAGCCUCAAGAGCCGAGCCUCAGAAGCCGAGCCUCAAGAGCCGAGCCUCAAGAGUCGAGCCUCAAGAGCCGAGCCUCAAAAGCCGAGCCUCAGAAGCCGGGCCUCAAGAGCCGAGCCUCAAGAGCCGAGCCUCAGAAGCCGAGCCUCAAAAGCCGAGCCUCAAAAGCCGAGCCUCAAGAGCCGAGCCUCAAAGCCCAGCCCCAAAAAAACCGGGCCUCAAAAGCCGGGGCCCCAAGAGCCCAGCCUCAAAAGCGGGCUGAAGCCGGGGCCUCAAAAAACCGGCCCCAAAAGCCGGGCCUCAAAAGCCCAGCCUCAAAAGCCCAACCUCAAGAGCCCAGCCUCAAAAGCCGAGCCUCAAGAGCCCCAGCCUCAAAAGCCCAGCCUCAGAAGCCGGGCCUCAAGAGCCGAGCCUCAAAAGCCGAGCCUCAAGAGCCAAGCCUCAAGAGCCGAGCCUCAAAAGCCGGGCCUCAAAAGCCCGGGCCCCAAGGGCCGGCCCCAAAAGCCGAGCUCAAAAACGGGCCUCAAAAGCCCGGGGCCCCAGGAAAACCCGGGGCCCCAAAAGCCCACCUCAAGAGCCGACCCUAAAGCCGAGCCCCAGAAGCGGGCCCCCAAGAGCCGAGCCCAAAAGGGCCCGGGCCCCAAAAGCAGCCUCAAAAGCCGGGGUCAAGAGCCCGGGGCCCCAAGACGGGCCUCAAAAGCCGAGCCUCAAAAGCCGAGCCUCAAAAGCCGAGCCUCAAGAGCCGAGCCUCAAGAGCCGAGCCUCAAAACCUCAGAAGCCCAGCCUCAAAAACCGAACCCCAAAAAGGGGCCCCAGAAGCGGGCCCCAAAAGCCGGGCCUCAGAAGCCGGGCCUCAAAAGCCGAGCCUCAAGAGCCGAGCCUCAAAAGCCGACCCAAAAAACCGGCCUCAAGAGCCGAGCCCAAAAACGAGCCCAAGAGCCCAGCCUCAAGAGCCGAGCCCAAGGCCGGCCAAGCCGAGCCUCAAGAGCCGAGCCUCAAAAGCCGAGCCUCAAGAGCCGAGCCUCAAGAGCCGAGCCUCAAAAACGACCCCCAAAAACCGAGCCUAAGGCCGAGCCUCAAGAGCCCAGCCUCAAGAGCCCAGCCUCAAAAGCCGAGCCUCAAAAGCCGAGCCUCAGAAGCCGAGCCUCAAAAGCCGAGCCUCAAGAAGCCGAGCCUCAAGAGCCGAGCCUCAAGAGCCGAGCCUCAGAAGCCGGGCCUCAAGAGCCGAGCCUCAAAAGCCGAGCGGACGAACGUAAACAAAGAGGCCUCAAGCCGGGUCCAUUUUCUAUGCGUAAGGGGGAACUAAGGAAGACGCAGCCGCCGCCUCGCCGCACGCGCUCGCACGGGGCAAGGGAGAGGAGAGAGGGAGAGAGAGAGAGGACGAGAGAGGAGAUGGAGGAGAAGAGAGAGAGGAUGAGAGAGAAGAGAGGAGAUGAGGAGAGAGAGGAGAGGCGAGAGAGAGAGAGAGAGAGAGAGAGAGAGAGAGAGAGAGAGAGAGAGAGAGAGAGAGCCUCCAGCACGUGCCCUGCCUUUGCACGUUUCGGCACAGCUCGCCCGCUUCUGCACUUGCGUGGCCGCGUGCCUGCGCCUUCCUCCCGAGCACGAAAGCCUCGCCUGCGCCCACGGGCGGCUCUCGCCUUCCUAGCGGCCUCCUGCGCGCCGCCCGUGAUUCCCGCCUGA